GUCCAAAAAAAAAAAAGUGGGAAAUUUGUUUCAUAGGGGGGGAAAUAGUCCUUCGGCCCUGAAGCAGAGGUAAAGCAACAGCCGUUUCAUGUACAUCUGAAGCUCAUUGAUUGAAUCCAUUUAUAGUUACAUGGGUCGAUGGCGAUAUGCUUCUUUAAUUCUCAGUCGUGUUACCUCAAUUUAUAAAUCACUUCUUGUUCCUCCACACCCUCCAACCUUUGGCCCCGGUUUAUUUACUUUGAGACACUUCGGUGCAAUCCCAUCUCGUGUAUCUGUUCAUUCCGCCGAAUUAGAUUCUAGGUCACAUGAUUUUGACCUUAACUAUGAACUGGGAGCUAACGAAGAUGAAGACACCGCCAAAAUACCCGUCAAAGCUUACUUUCUUUCUACAAGUAUCAAUUUGAAGAGCUUGCAAGCUGAGAAUUUGAGUGAUGUUAUCCCCCCUUCAUCUCGUUCAUCAAAUUACAUUGCCCUCAGAUAUUGCAAUUUGCCUUCAGAAAUUUGUGAACUUGGGAUCAGGGAGAAUGUGAGCCACUGUCGUUACAUGGUUGUGUUCCAAUAUGGAUCUGCUGUUCUGUUUAAUAUCGAGGACCAUGAAGUUGAAAAUUACCUGCAUAUAAUCCGCAGUCAUGCUUCUGGAUUGCUCCCUGAGACAAGGAGAGAUGAUUAUGCCAUAAUGGAGAAGCCACUCUUGGAUGAGGACAUGCAAGGAGGCCCAGACUAUCUUGUUCUUAAGACAUUGGAUACAGAUAGCAUUCGUAUUAUUGGAAGUGUGCUUGGCCAAAGCAUUGCAUUAGAUUACUUUGUUUCUCAGGUUGAUGGUAUGGUUCAAGAGUUUGCAGGUAUAAAUCGUGCAAUGGAGAAAACUGGAACUUUCACGAUGGAUAGGACAAAGCUCCUUCAACUUGUUGGGAAGGCUAACUCAAAUCUUGCUGACGUUAUUCUCAAAGUUGGACUUUUUGAAAGAUCUGAAAUUGCUUGGAGAGAUGCAAAAUAUGCUCAAAUAUAUGAGUACCUUCGUGACGAGUAUGAGGUUGCACAACGGUUUGGAAAUCUGGAUUUCAAACUGAAAUUUGUGGAGCACAAUAUUCAUUUCCUCCAAGAAGUUAUCCAAAACAGAAGAUCAGAUCUUUUAGAAUGGUGUGUCAUUUUCCUUUUGACUCUUGAGAAUGUGAUCUCAGUAUAUGAGAUUGUUCGCGAUUCGACUGGUGCUUCUCUGUGAUUCGACAAGGGAAUUAGAAACCUUAGGAUGACUAAAUUAAGUGAUUAUAGAAAAUUCAAUUGAUUUUUUGAGCAAAUCAAUUUGUUAUUAUGUAUUUGUAAUGAGACAGUGACCACAUCAAAGUCAGUUGAUUUAUAGGGAAACUAAUUAUUCAUUAAGUAAUUGUAAUAAUUCUCCCAUUGCUGGAUAUUACUCCAAAAGAUUUUCCUUAUUGUUUUGA